AUGCAAGAACCAGAUGUGCAAAUUGAAGGGGUAAAUGUGGCAUUUAAGGAGCCCGUGCACAAAAUCUUGGAGCGGAUCAAGAACGAGCCAUUUUUCACAUGGCCAAACAAAAUGGGGGGCGACCCAUCUCGGAGGAACCAAAACCUGUACUGCACCUACCACAGAGACAAGGGACACACCACCGUGCAGUGUCGAGUACUAAAGGAUCACCUCAGGCAGCUGGUAAAGGCAGGGUACCUGAAAGACUUCAUUGCAGACUCCGCUCACCAAGAAGCCGGACUGGGCGUCCAACAGAAAAGGAACCCCCUCCCGCCUCCACUGGGGGUAAUCGAAGUCAUCCAUGCUGCACCAAGAGGGACGGUAGCAACAAAAAGGGUAUUGACAGUGGCUUGCACGGGGGGAGGGCCAGCCGAGAAGAAAAAGAAAGUUGGACGGCUUAAAAUCUCGUUCGGGGAAGACGAUUUGGAAGGAACAGUCCAACCCCAUGACGACACUUUGGUGGUCACGGCCCAGAUAGGCGGGUUCCUGGUGAAGAGGGUAAUGAUUGAUCAAGGGAGCGGGGCAGACGUCAUGUACCCAGACCUCUUCGAAGGGCUCGGAGUUAUGACACGCCGCUAG